GAAUAGACAAAAACAUACUAGAAUUAGCAAGCAUGGAUGAAAAUGCUCUAGAAUUAGAAGAAAUAAAUGAAAACACUCUAGAAUUAGAAGUAGAAAUAAGUGAAAACACUUUAGAAUUAGAAGAACCAAGAGUAAAUCAAGCCUGUUUAAAUGAUAUUAGUUGGUAUUCACAAUAG